CGGAAUCAGCAACAUGUCGUGCAACAAGACUCUCUUCCUGUCGUUGUGUGUGGCGUUGAUCGGGUUGAAUGCCGUUCAAGCACAAAAAUCUAUUCCUAAGCGGUUCGUCGUCAUCACGAAAAGCGCUAGCUUCUUCGAGGCGUGGCAUGACUGCAACUCCUUCGAUGGAUACCUGGCUGCUAUAGAAUCUGCGAGAGAUCAGUCUCUUGUGGAUGAAGCAUUGGCCAAAUCGAGCAAUCCGAAUGGCGUGUACUUCAUCGGAGGAACGGACAUUGGCCGAGACGGUCGUUGGAUGUGGAUCGGCUUGAACAAGCAGCUCAAGGACACGGACUACAGGAACUUCUAUCCCGGAGAGCCCAACAACCUCGGUGGACGCCAGGAGUGCCUGACGGUCGGCAACUGGAAGGGUGAACAGCGCGGCAAGUGGGACGAUUCGGAGUGCGACAAGAAGCUCGAUGGAUAUGUGUGUGCAUUCCCAGCUCGCCCAAGAUAAAUGGUCCGUUAAGUGACUUUGCAUGGACAAAGACCCUCCCUUAGGUUGCGUGCUUGGGAAGCAGUCGACGUUGGGCUUAUUAUUAAAUGAUUGCGAUUCUCAGGAUCAAGCAAUGGUGGAAUAAAACGAGCUCGACUAAAUUGCUAAUGA